AUGGCCCAUUAUCAGCACUCACAGCCUUACUCAACUGGCUCUCAAUGGCUCCAGGCCACUCCAGCUCAUAGUCAACCCACCAUGCAGGAUCUGGUCCGUGCUUUCCCUCGGCCGAGACAUUCCCGGAUCGUGAAGCCUCGUAGUGCGGGCAACAGUCCUUCAUCGACCAUGAGAAGACGAUCCACCGUGAACCAACAGGUGAUGCAGGCCAUGCCCUCGCAAUACCAGUCCUCCCUGGAACAGGCUCUCUUCGCCUCAGCCUCGCGGAACUCACGCCCGAUUAGCUGGCAUCCUUCUUCGGCCAGAACUCGGGGUCUGUCAAAUCCGCAAUGCUAUCCCGGUUUCAACCAAGAGAGUUAUGGGAUGGGCCCUGCUGGGCAAUACCUGCCCCAAAGUGUAUACGGCGGUGACGAGAUGAUGUACCCCAUGACGGCCGACUCGACCUUCUCACCCAACGACUACUUCCCUGUCUACUCGGAGAUGCAAGAAGACUUGCCACUGCCGCAACAAACCCCGGCGCUGUCCAUGGCUGGCUCGCAUGUUGAGCCGAUGGGUUGGGAUGUCGCCAUGCCCGAUUUCGCAGCGAUGAACCCGGCUUCCGACAACUGGUCCAUGGAAAUGCUUUCUAUGGGCACUAACAUCCCGCCACCCGAACAAAACUGCCCCAGCUACGUCAAUGUGCCUUCACCAGGCGAAAUGAGCGGCCCAUCCACCCCGGACUUCCUUCCUAUUCAACAAUUCGAAGAUCACUUCCAGUCGCCCGUCGAAGCCAAGAAGUCUAGCAAGGCCGAAGAAGAACUAGUCGGAAUGGGUCUCUACAACCAACCAAACGGAACAUUAGCCAAGGCCCCGCAAAGCAAGCCAGGCACCGGUCUCAAACUGGAAGAGACUUUUACUCCCUCCGACGAAGACAAGGAUGCCGAAGGCGAAGACGACGACGAAUGCGAAGACCAGCCAUCUCCGCCAAUCCGCGAGGAGCCUGUGCCGAUGGCCCAAUCGAGCUUCUUCCCCAAGCAAUCGAAGCAAACCUUAAACAUGCUUCAGCGGUCUUUCUUUUUCGACCAAGAUGAAGAUCAACAGCCGACUGCGCAACCUUUUCCGAGCCUGAACCAACCUUGCAUGAACUACGGUUACGGGUGGAUCUAA